AUGGAUCAAAAGCAAUUCAAAAGUGUAUUUGCUUAUUGGACUGUCAAAGAUACCAGUAGCAAUAACAAUAAUAAUAACAAUAACAAUGCUCAAAGACAACAACCAAAACAACAACCAAAACAACAACCAAAGCAACAACAACAACAACAACAAAUACAAGUACAACCACAACAACCAGAUGUAUCAGUAACAUCAACUGCUGUCAAUAUUACAAAUGUUACUAUUAAUAAUAAUAAUGGUAGUAUCAACUCUGGCUAUAAUAAUGUUGUUGUUGCUCCUCCUCAACAAACAUUAAUACCUAAUAAUAAUAAUAAUAAUAGUGGAUAUAAUAAUGUUCCAUCACUAUCAGUUUCAUCAUCUGAUAUCAAUAACAAUGUAAAUAAUAAUAAUAAUAAUAAUAAUAAUAAUAAUAAUAAUAAUAAUAAUAAUAACAAUAAUAAUAAUUAUAGUAGUAGCUUCUUUAAUGAAAAUAGAGUAGUUGGAGAUGACAGUAGUGUUGGUGAAAGUAGUAAUAGUGGUUAUUCAUUACCAAACAAUCAACUUGAACAACAACAACAACAACAACAACAACAAAGAACUUCAUCACAAGCCUAUUCAACUAUUUAUUCUAAUCCUCCAUUAUUGUCAUCAUCGAUACUUUACAAUAAUGAGAUGGUACAGUUGUUAUCGAGAAAUGACUUUAAUAGUCCUUCAACCAACAACAACAACAACAACAACAACACUACCACCAACUAUCACUCAUCAUCCUAUUCGGCCAUGUACGACUCUAAAAAUGCAGAUAAUAUAAGUAUUGAUAAUACUGACACCAUGUCAACUGGUACUGGUGGUUAUUCACUCUAUUCUGAUGCUUCUGCCAUUGCCAAUCUUAGACAAAGUGCAACAUUUGAAGAUGAAAAAGAAGAGGAGGAGAAAUACAAACUAUUGGAAAAGAAUCGUGAUAUCCAAGACAAGGGUAGGGAUUGGAACUUGGAGUUUCAAAACCUACUUCGUCUUCCCUCUUCACUUGACAAAUUCCAAAAACUUACAUUUAUGGCAAUGGAUUUUGUUCGUGCUGCUGAACACUAUGGUUUCAUCAUCAUCAAGGAAAUGUUUAUGCCACUUCAUCUUAAAACUAUUAAACCAAUUGAUAUUGGUGGUAUUGCUGGUGGUGAAAAAUAUAUUUGCCAAAAUAUAUUAUUUAAAUUUGCAUAUGAUCAAAAGAUUGGAGAUCAAUGGUUAUAUGGUGGAAAAUAUCCAUCUGAUUUUGGUGCAUCGAAAGCCGCUGGAAAUGAAUUAAGAGGAUUAUCAUGUUUCUUUCAAAAUAUUAUGGAUAAUGAUUUAGGUGAUAAAAUUAAUGUUCCACUUAUGUGUGUAAUUGAUUAUUAUGGUUAUAGAUUAGUUGCUAUUUCAUUAUUACCAAUUACAAAAUCAUCAAUUAUUUAUGGUAGUUGUGAUGGUGGAAAUGUAGUUCAUGAUGAUGUACCAGAGGUAAAUGAUAUUAUGGAAAGAGUUGGUGAAGUUAUGAAAUUAAAGAAACAUCUUGCUGGACAUAAUCCAAAGGCUGUUUAUGGACCUGGUGACUUCGAAAUUCAUAAAUCUGAGCGUGGAGAAUACUAUGCAAUUGAUUUUGCUCGUUUAUUCCCUCCCCAGGCUUAUUUUGAUAUUGAUGGUAAUGCAAUUGCACAUAGAGAAGUAUUUUUUAAAUUACUUAGACCAGAAUUCUUAAAAUCAUACGAGAAACCAUUAUCAUCAGAUUCAUUUACAGGAUGGGGUUUAAAUGAUCCUGAUAAUGAAAGACAUAACAAUGAAAUCAUUGAAGCUACCACUUAUCUAUAUGAUAUUAUCAUUCCAAAGGCUGCUAGAGAGUUUGAAGAUCUUUGGAAGAAUGGACAACCUACGACGUGGGAUAUCUGUACCGAGGUACAUCGAUUUGGUAUUAGUUUACGUCACCUUGGAAAACUGCGUAAUCGUACGACUCAUCCAGAGUUGCGUAAAAACAUUCUCAAUGAAAUGGUUGCGCGUGUAUUGAAAUCACAGAUAAAGGAAGAGUUGCGUAUUCAUUUGUCUGGACAUUUUAUUGGCUCGGAAGAGAAGUGUAUUCAGACGAUUGUCGAUUUCCUCAACCAUGGCACUCAAGAAUCUCAACACGUCUUUGGCAUUUGGCGUGACACCCGCAUCGUUGAUCACAUUGGCGACAGUGUACACGUUGUCGGCUGA